GAAAUAUAGAAAGGGAGCUCACACACACACCAGUCCAGUCCCAGCAGAAUUUCAAUCUUCCUCUCUUCUCUCAAAGAGAAAGAAAAGAAAAGAACAGAACAGAAAAGAAAAGAAAGAGAGAAAAAGGAGAAAAGCAGAGGCAUAGUUUCUUCCUUGCAUUUGAAGACUCUUUCUUUUUGAAGAUGUUUGAUUCCUCAACCCCAUACUCACUUGAAGUUUCUCAGAUUCCUCUUACUUUGCCUUCCUUUUCCGGAAAAUCCACAACUACCCAAAUGCUUAAAUCCCUUCAUCUUCUCUUUGAAUACUUCCAAACCCACUUGUCUUGAAUAUUUUUCCCAAGAAAAAAAGAAGGAAAAGAAAAAAACCAUCAUGGUCCUUCCUUUCAUUGUCUUGACAUUUUUCUCUCUUCUUGGCACCUCUUGCUUUGCUUCUUCUUUGGUCAGUGAUUUUCAUGUCUUGGUCACACUCAAGCACGGCUUCCAAUUCCCCGAACUGGCUUUAAGCACUUGGAAUUCUUCAUCUCCAAGAUCAGUUUGUUCAUGGGCUGGAAUUCGAUGCUAUAGAGGAAGAGUUGUUGCAGUGGACUUAACAGAUUUCAAUCUUUUUGGCUCUGUAUCUCCUCUGAUUUCAGGCCUCGACCGGCUCACCGACCUCUCUCUUGCAGGAAACAACUUCGCAGGCAGCAUUGCCAUUGCCAACUUCACAAACCUUCAGUUCCUCAACAUAUCCAACAACCAAUUCAGUGGGAGCUUGGAUUGGAACUACUCAAGCAUUGCCAACUUGGAAGUGUUUGAUGCUUAUAACAACAACUUCACCGCUUCUCUUCCACUUGGGAUUUUGAGCUUGAAGAAGCUCAGGUACUUCGAUCUUGGAGGCAAUUUUUUCAAUGGAAAAAUCCCAGCAUCAUAUGGGAAUUUGGCCAGCUUGGAGUACUUGUCACUUGCAGGCAAUGAUCUUAAUGGAGAAAUUCCAGGUGACUUGGGCAAUCUCACUAACUUGAGAGAGAUUUACUUGGGCUACUACAACGUUUUUGAAGGUGGGAUUCCAAAGGAGUUUGGGAAAUUGGUCAAUCUGGUUCACAUGGAUCUCUCAAGCUGUGAAUUAGACGGGCCAAUUCCCCGGGAGCUGGGGAAUUUGAAGGCGCUCGACACGCUUUACUUGCACAUCAAUCUGCUCUCAGGCUCAAUCCCAAGGCAGCUAGGCAACUUGACAAACUUGGUCAAUCUUGACCUCUCCAACAAUGCACUGACUGGUGAAAUCCCAUUUGAGUUUGCCAAUCUCAAACAGCUCAAGCUUUUCAACCUCUUCAUGAACAGAUUGCAUGGCUCAAUCCCAGACUACGUCGCGGAUUUGCCUAACUUGGAAACUCUGGGGCUGUGGAUGAACAACUUCACCGGCAUAAUUCCACAGAAGCUUGGCCAGAAUGGGAAGCUUCAACUGCUCGAUUUGUCAUCGAAUAAGCUCACCGGUAAAAUCCCACCAAACUUGUGUUCAUCAAAUCAGCUGAGAAUACUAAUUCUCUUGAAAAACUUUCUCUUUGGUCCAAUCCCUGAAGCCUUAGGGGCAUGUUCUAGUCUCACUAGAGUAAGGCUGGGGCAGAAUUACUUAAAUGGUAGCAUACCAAAUGGCUUAAUUUAUUUGCCUCUGCUGAGCUUGGCAGAGUUGCAAAACAAUUACCUAUCUGGAAUGUUGCUAGAGAAUUCUAAUGGCUCAUUGGAGCCGGCCAAAUUAGGCCAGCUUAAUCUGGCAGACAACCUCCUAUCCGGUCCUUUACCCUACUCGCUUUCGAAUUUCUCUUCCCUCCAAAUCCUCCUACUUAGUGGAAAUCAAUUCUCUGGUCCAAUCCCACCUUCAAUAGGCCAACUCCAUCAAGUACUAAAACUUGAUCUUAGCAGAAAUUCGCUCUCUGGUGAAAUCCCACCAGAAAUUGGAAACUGUUUCCAUCUCACCUACCUUGACAUGAGCCAGAACAGCCUCUCUGGCUCAAUCCCACUAGAAAUUUCCAGCAUUCACAUCCUGAAUUACUUGAACAUAUCAAGAAAUCACUUGAACCAAAACAUUCCCAGAUCAAUAGGCACCAUGAAGAGCCUCACAAUUGCUGAUUUUUCCUUCAAUGAUUUCUCAGGAAAGCUACCUGAAUCAGGGCAGUUUGCCUUCUUUAAUGCCUCUGCUUUCGCGGGCAAUCCCCAUCUUUGCGGUUCACUCCUAAACAAUCCUUGCAACUUCACCGCAAUCACAAACACACCGCGAAAACCCCCCGCGGAUUUCAAGCUGAUCUUCGCAUUAGGCCUGCUAAUAUGCUCACUGGUGUUUGCUGCUGCUGCUAUAAUCAAGGCCAAAUCAUUCAAAAGAAACGGCCCGGAUUCAUGGAAAAUGACUUCCUUCCAGAAGCUGGAAUUCACAAUCUUCGACAUCCUCGAAUGCGUGAAAGAUGGGAUAAAUGGGGUUGAAAUUGCUGUAAAAAAACUCCUUGGUUUUGGACCAAACAGCCAUGAUCACGGCUUCAGAGCAGAAAUUCAAACCUUAGGCAACAUUCGGCACAGAAACAUUGUGAGAUUGCUGGCAUUUUGCUCAAACAAAGAAACCAAUCUGCUUGUUUACGAGUACAUGAGAAAUGGAAGCUUGGGGGAGGCAUUGCAUGGGAAAAAGGGAGGAUUCUUGGGGUGGAAUUUGAGGUACAAAAUUGCCAUUGAAGCUGCCAAAGGCCUGUGCUACCUUCACCAUGAUUGUUCUCCAUUGAUACUUCACAGGGAUGUAAAAUCAAACAACAUUUUGCUCGAUUCGAGCUUCGAAGCGCACGUUGCUGAUUUCGGGCUCGCUAAGUUCUUGAUUGAUGGUGGAACAUCUGAGUGUAUGUCUGCAAUUGCAGGCUCUUAUGGCUACAUUGCACCUGAGUACGCAUAUACACUGAAGGUGGACGAGAAGAGCGAUGUAUAUAGCUUUGGGGUUGUUCUGUUAGAACUUCUAACAGGUCGUCGUCCAGUGGGAGAGUUCGGGGAAGGCGUCGACAUAGUGCAGUGGUCGAAGAAAGCCACGAAUUGUCGAAAAGAAGAUGUUACAAGCAUUGUUGAUCCAAGGCUAGCAAUAUCUGUACCCAAAGAUGAAGCAAUGCACUUGUUCUUCAUUGCAACGCUUUGCAUCCAAGAACACAGUGUGGAGAGGCCAACAAUGAGAGAAGUUGUUCAAAUGCUAUCGGAGUUUCCUCGCCACUCCCCGGACUACUUCCAGUCCUCCUCAUCCUUAGCCACUUCCCAACAACCCAAGAAUACUGAGAAAGACACAAAAUGUGCCAAGUUCAAACAAGAUAUUUUGGUUUAAUAUGAAGCAAACAUGAUUUUUUUUU